ACAGAGGCAGGGCCCUGCUCUGCUACGCUGAUUCCUACCCAGUCACCUGCAACACAGCCCUCCGUGCUCCUCAGCAUGACAGCCACAAAGCCGUACUUCAUGAUGGUGGCCAUCCUGCUGAUCCUGGUUGACAAGACUACAGGUGGCCUGUUCGGAUCCCGCAGUAGCAAGAGACCACCACCUUGGAUGCCAUGUGAGGUUAACCGGGGGGUAUGCAGAAACACCUGCAAGAAAAACGAGAUCGAAUACUUAACCUGCUCAACGAGCAAAAAGUGCUGCCUCAAAUAUCCUAUGGAAAUCACCAGUUUCUAACCCUGGGAGGAAGUCUGGCUUGCUCGUCACAAAUGCUUCAAGCUACUACCACCAGCAUCAUCCUUCUUGUAGUCCCUCCGCCCCCAUGUUCUGGAAUGAUUUCCUCA